AUGAAAGAAGCAUCGUUAGAAAACGAACUGGAACUUAUCUAUGAGUACACGCUAUCAGUGGAGCUUUUAAUAAAAAAGCUGAAAAAAAUAAUCGAAAGGAAGGACCUCUUCAACAAAUUUGUUCUCAAGUACCUAAAUAAAAAUGUCCCAUCGAAGUUAUCUCAUCAUAUGCGAUAUACCAAGAAUAACAAAUUUUAUGAACAGAUUUUUCUGUGCGCAUUUUACCAUAUCAUUGUAAAAUUGGUGCUGCGCGACCCGCUGUUCAAUUUGCAGAAGGGAGAAGGACGAAGCGAGCAUGAGGGGUCCAACGAAAAUGAUGGUUGUGGGUUGAAGGGAGAACAGCCCAAAUGUACAGAAAAGGCAAAUGUAUAUGUAACCACGAAUGAAGGGAUGGGAAGGAAAGAGGAAGUGUCCAGCAAGGCACUUGAGUACAUAACGAGGGAGAAUUUGCCGUGUCACAAGUUAAGUGACGGACUUUUAAUUCUGCAUUCGACGUAUGAGGAAAUAUGCAACGUUAUCUAUGCCUUCAGCGUUAUAUGCUAUGUGUACGAGUUUCAUUCGUUUUUUAGGAUAAAGAAUGUAAGGAUUGCAAAAAGUGACAAGUGCGCAUUUGGCUUUUUCAGCUGGAUUUACGACAUAAAGUUGUUCGUUUUGAGGAGUUUGAAGCUGGGAGAGGUGCGCACAAGUGGGAGAAAUGAGAGAAGUGGGAGAAGUGGGAGAAGCGGGAGAAGUGGCAGGAGCGGCCAAAGUGACAGAAGUGAUGAGAAUGAUUCAGCGGAGACGCAGAGCCCCGAUGUAACCCCGAACAAAGUGGCGAACUGCGCGAAUGACCAAGAGAACGAGUUCGACAGUGGAAACAGCAGCAACGCGGAUUUUAUGACAACCAGGGCGGUUGGAGACAACAAAUUUGUAAAGAUGUGUGUAGAGAAAAACGAUUCACAGGAGAAUUCCGCCCACUUGGGUAGCACCACCAUGGAAAUGGAAAAUCCAAUUAUUGAUGAAGGAUUUUUUAAUUUCAUGUUAAACAGGGGCAAACAUAUCGAGAGAAUUUUCUUCGCCCAUUUAGACGAGGUGCAAAAUUGCUGUGCUGGCAUAAAUGACGAAGGAGUUUCAAGUAACCAUUUAGGAAGAGGCACCAACACAGGGGGGAAAUAUAACCAAGAUGAUAAGAAAAAAAAUUAUUCAAAUGGUACUCCCGAUGGGGAUAGGAGUGUAAUGUCAGAUGACAUACACAAAGGAGUUGGAGCUUCUAUGGGUGCACUUCAAGGGGGAAAUGCUGACGUAGGAAGGUAUACCCAAUUCAGAAAUGAUACGAAAAGGAUGUUAGGCUAUGCCGGUGGAUGUGGAUGUAAGAUAAAAAAUUACAACGAAGUGAAGUCCCAUUUUGAACAGCUAUACAGUAGGAUGAAGAACGUGAAGACGUCCAAGUUGUACAUACCCCUCUGCCUAUACGUCAAUUACACAUUUGAUUUUUAUCAUGUGAGUACAAAAAGGAAAAUUUGGAAAAUCAUAAAUUUUAGUUUAAGUUUUGAUGAAGGAGCGUAUGACUCUACCAAGGUUAACAAAAAUUGCAAUGAAAAUAAUGUGAACAGUUUUUUUUCAAAUUGGAAUAGACAGCCGGAGGAGGAUGUGAACAAGAGAAGUUGUGUUUCGUUUUAUAUGGGAGGCCUCGUCGAAUUUAUUAACAAAGAUAACAGUUUGGAAAGAAGACACAUAAUGGGUGCUCUGAAGAAGUUUAUUGACUGCGAAAUGCUCGAUGGAAAUCAUUUGCCUUCCCUGGAGGAGAAGGAAGAGGAAGAAAAAAAAAAUAAAAGUGAUGCAGCAGAAUGUGAUGAAUACCUUAAAAUAUUUUACAUGCCCAAUGGAGUGUUUGGACAGGAGGGAGACGUUGGAAGGAAGGAACCCGACUGUAAGAACAACACCCACAGUGUAUCGGUCGCUGAGCAUUUUAGUUAUGAUCAUGUGAGUGCAGAAAUGGAGCAAGUCCAACCCUAUGGAGGGGAAAAUAACUCCCCACGGAAGGGUACAACAAUGGAUGAUGAGAAAAAAAAAGGCAAAAGGGGAAGAAAAAAAAAUGCACAAAUUGAUCCAUUUCAACGAAGAAGGAACCCAAAUUAUGUCAUUAUAGGGAUAAACGAAUUCGUUAGCGAGCAUCUUUAUAUGCUCAUUUCGUAUAUCUGCUUAAACGUAACAAAAAUUGCUAUCUUCCUAAUCGAGAGAUACAACAUGACCAUACCGAACAGGUUCUUAGAUCUGAGCUCCUACCUAUUUAUAUGCCAAACGAAUAAGCUGAAUUCAAACAUUUUACAUUUCAUAAACAAGUACAACAUUGACCGUUAUCUUUUUCGAAAUGAUGUUUCCAAGAAGAACUUGAAGGAAAAUUAUUUUAUUUACAAAAAGAUCGAGUGCAGUGAGAUGGGGAAAAAGCACAAGGAUCUCUACUUGAAAUUUUUGGAAGACAUUGAAACUGAGCAUUAUGUGACUGGCCCUGGAGGGAUCAAGAGAGGAUGUUCGGGACUCUCCUCCGGAAAUGCGAACGGUAACAGGGGGAGAAACACUAACUCAGUGCGCGUCCGCUUGAGGGAAAGGCGCCGCAGAGGGAAGCACCAUGGGGGGAAUUUGGACACAGGGUACACUUAUGAUAGUGGUAAUGGGGGCAGCAACACGGGCAUCACGAGCAGUAGUAACAGUGGUACCAAUAGUGGAAGCCACGAAGCAAGCCCUGGAGGAGGAAGCCAUGAAGGAGGAAGCCGUGGAGGGGAAAGCCACAGCGGAAGUCACAGUGGAACUCACAGCGACAGCAACAGAAGUAGAAGCAGAAGCAGCAAAUUGUACUCCUCACCGAACACUUACGGGGAUAGCCACAACCAACAUAUUAAUUACCCCGCGUCGACUAAAAAGGAAAACAUGCAAGGUGAUAAGAAAAAUGAUUUGGUAGUGCCAGAGAAUCACAGUAGGCAAUCAAGCGAAGGGAGGAAUUGUCCCAGCAGCAAUGUCAGUUUCAAGCAGGGACAGCACAGUGGUACAACUGCUACUGUGGAAAGGAGCGAAGGGGGAGGAAUGGGGGUACCAACAAGUAGCCACUCCGUUAUGAACAGACCGAAUGAGGAAAUGACAUUCGAUGUGGCAACUGCCAUUUUGUUGCCAUCGGAUGGGGGGAGCGCAAAAAGGGGUGCUGGACAUAUCGGGGGGGUUGUCUGUGGAGAUGUCGUCUGCGUGGGUGGAAGUAAUCGGAGUGGAGGUACCAACAGGGAGCAUCCUCUCCAUGCGGGCGCAACCCAACAAGGAGACCAAGCCGAAAUCAAAAGAAUCGAAGAGGCAGACCAUUCCCCGAACUUCAACCAUAUUAGCAACAUUAAAUAUUGCACGAAUGUUACGUACAAUAAUUACGAAGGUGAACUAUACUACCGCGCGUUUGGCAGCAACGUGUGCAAGAGGGAGGAUACAUACAAUAAGGUGAAAAUGUGUCAUUCGGAGGGGUGCAAGCAGGAGAAGCGGUUGCAGCAGGAGAAGCGACUGGAGCUGGCGAAGCAGUCAAAUUGGCAGGACAAGAAUGGCGAUGCUUUUGCGAAUGAAGUGCUUAACGUAGCAGAGAGUUGGCACCACGGUAGUGGAGCGGGGGACAAAGGAAGGACGGUUAGCAGUUCCCCAAGUGACUUUCCCCUGGUUAGCAGCACCCCGAGUGACUUUCCCCUGGUUAGCGGCGCCCCGAGUGACUUUCCCCUGGUUAGCGGCACCCCGAGUGACUUUCCCCUGGUGAGUGUCUCUCCAAGUUGCUCACCACUAAACCCCGCGUGUGUUAGAAGCAUAAACUUCCUAAACCGUGAGUCGUACCCAGUCAAGCUAAACGUGCCGUACAGCCUGCACCUGAAUGACAUCCUAAAGAGCGACGUGCGAAUCUCACACGUGGUGGACAGCUGCAAGGGAAACAAAACGUUGGAGCUAGAACUAAUCAAGCAGCAGCUAAAAAACGGAAACGUAAAGUAUGCAAUGAAGUUACUGAAGAUGUUCAAUUACGAGUUGCUGCAAUUUCCAAACCUAUUCUACUACCUAAAUUACAAAUCUUACAAUUAUCUGGUGAACACCUUCGACAAAAGGUACAUAAUUUACUACCUAUAUGACAACCCUAAGUAUUUGAAGAUGUAUUUUAAUGCUUUAUUGAAGAAGAAGAAUUUGGAGGCGUGUCUCCUGGCUGUGUACUUUUUGUACCCCCUGUAUAUUUCCUCCGAAGACGCAGACUUUCGGAUGUUUUAUUUUUUGUUUUUCAAGCCGAGGAAGAUGAAGAAGACGAAUUACAACAGCAACAUUGUGAAUAACGAGCCGUACCUGCGGCAGUACGAAAAUGAGUACAGAAAUAGAGACAGAGAUAGAGAUCGAGAGGCAGGAAAGAACAACGGUAGUGGGGGUGCCAACGGCAAUGGAAAUGCCUCCGAAAAUGGGGCCGAAAUUGCUGCUGCGAGUGCAGUUGGGAGGGGCACCCACCCUGUGGCAGGUACCAACCCGUUGUGCAAUCACAACUACAACACUGUAUAUUCCUUCCUCAAGAACGAAUGCGUAAUUAUUAAUGAUCUCCAUUUCUGUUUCAAAAAUGAGGAAGUCAUGCCGUUCGACAGCGUCACGAGGAAGAUGUACAAAUUGACAGACCUGUGUAAAUAUUUCGACGUAUUUGAAAAGCUAAAAAAGAUUAACACAGAAAUUAUUAGGAACUCGUUUGAUUAUCUAAUUAAGAGGAACGGAAAGUGUUCAUGUCCCAAGAAUUUUAUUUGCAUAAAGGACUUAGGGUCAUCUUUGAAAGUAGUAAAAGUUGUAGAAACUUUUGAAGAUUUCUUUACACUUUAUGAACACAUAAAGAAAAAGGAAAGAGUCAUAUUUAUCGACGCGGAAUGGAAAUGCACUAUUUUUCGUGAAAACCCCAUCAUUUCCAUUUUUCAAGUGGCCCUAAAGGAUACCCCCGUGUCUUACAUAAUUGACUUGAAAAAAAUUGCAGUAGAGAAUUACGAAAUUAAUUACUACAUUUCGGAUCUUUUUCGGGAUCAAAAUAUUAUCAAAGUUGGAGUGGCCUUUUUAAACAACGACAUGUUGCAUUUUAGAAAGUACUACGACAUUUUUGCCAUGUUGAAAUGGGAAAAGUAUCACAGCAUAUUAGUGGACAGCACUGAUAAGGGAGAAGUGCCCAUGGGGGAAGUACCCAUGGGAGAAGAACAUACGAACUUUGGGGCCUCAUUUCAUCUCCCUUUAGGAAAGGAACAAAUGACUAGCAACAGCACGAGUGACUGGGAUGUGUUGCUAAGGCGGGCCAUGAAGAGCGUCUACGAGAGUGAUGACCGUAGUGGAAGCUCAAAUGAUGGUGGGAUCCACCUGAACGAAGGGGAGCAGGGCCAACACACCAACAGAAGUAGUCCACAUUCUGCAAAUAACCGAAGGAAAGAACAAAGAGGAAAACAAAACACCAAUCUCAGUCACGACAUAAGUUAUAAGAAUAUCUUUCCUGUUAAUUAUUUUGUGAAAUACAAAAAGAACGAAGCAUUGAUAGAUAAGCAUUUGAACUCAAAGUGCAGUGGUUGUGGAAAGGUUGGGAUUUAUAGUUGCAUACACAAGUACUACGACUUGGAGUGUAUUUACCUGAAAUAUUAUGAGCAGCUGAAGGGGUACUUUCCCCACCUACGAAAGAACAUGAGUUAUUCUGUCAAAAUAUUCGGGAAAGCUUUAUGUCCGGAUAAGGAAGUUAACAAGGAGUGCCAGAUCUUGAACUGGAACUUCAGACCCCUCUCCUCCAUCAGUGUAGAGUAUGCCAUAUUGGACGUUCUUAUUUUGAAGAAUUUUUUUAAUUUAAUUCAGUCCAAGUUGUCAUUUAGCAUCGAGCAGGCACUCUAA